AUGCCUGCGACCAUGGCUCCUCAGAAUACUGAUGCAGACGCAAUGCAAGUGCAGGACUUGGUCGUGGUCCCUGCUCAGAAAGGAGGCGGAGAAGGGGGCGGGGCAAACAGAGGGGACGGCGGCGGAGGGGGAGGAGGAGGAGGGGGGUCCGGCGGACGGGAUCUGGAGAGCGGAGAGGAGUCGGUGAGCGAGGGCUCUAUAGACCGCAUUCCCCUGCGACAGUGGGUCAUGCACGGAGCGGUGAUGUUUGGACGCGAGUUCUGCUACGCCAUGGAAACGGCCCUGGUUACGCCCGUACUGCUGCAAAUAGGUCUUCCAGAACAAUACAACAGCCUGACCUGGUUCCUAAGCCCGGUCCUAGGGCUGAUUUUCACUCCCCUGAUUGGAUCGGCCAGCGACCGCUGCACGCUACGCUGGGGUCGGAGACGCCCUUUCAUCCUGGCACUGUGCGUGGGUGUGCUCCUAGGCGUGGCUCUCUUCCUCAAUGGGUCCAUCAUUGGUCUUGCCAUAGGGGACGAGCCGAAUAACCAGCCAAUCGGCAUUGUCCUGACCGUGUUGGGGGUGGUGGUACUGGAUUUCUGUGCGGAUGCUUCGGAGGGUCCGAUCAGGGCUUACUUACUGGACGUGGCUGACACGGAGGAGCAGGACAUGGCUCUGAAUAUUCAUGCAUUUUCCUCAGGUCUCGGUGGAGCUGUGGGCUAUGCUCUGGGUGGACUGGACUGGACACACACCUUCCUGGGUCACGCUUUUAAGUCUCAGGAGCAGAUCCUCUUCAUCUUCGCCGCGAUCCUCUUCAUCGUUUCCGUGGCGCUGCAUCUUUUCAGCAUCGAGGAGCAGCAGUACAGCCCUCAGCCCGACCGGCUGGACGAGGAGAACGACGCGGCCCCGCCCGUCAAACUCAACGGCCACCUGACCCUGGAGCACAGGCCUCACCUCGACCUCAUCCGCGAGGACGAGCCUUACGACCCCUACGACCCUUAUGAGGACGCCCGCUCCGAACGAGACCUCGAUAUGGACUUCCUGGACGUGGACCUGGUCCGGAGCAAGAGCGACUCCGUCCUGGCCAUGCCCGACGCCACCCUGGAUCACGACACGCUCUUCCUGCACGAGAUCGAGCCUUCCAUCUUCCAGGACCGCCUCUCAUCCUGCCAGGGUUCUCCGCCUCGCAGGAGCAGCAGCGCAGGCAGCCACGAGCUGCUGCGGACCAAAAUAAGCCGCCUCUCGGCCUUCCUGCAGGAGAUCGACCACGAGGGAGAGGAAGCGCUGCUCAACAACCAGCUCAACGAAGCCAAAGCAACCAACGGCCAACCGCCCAGCCUCAACGGCGCCAACGGGCAGGCGUGCCAGGGGCUGGGCAUGAAAGCUUCCAGCACCAACGCUUCCAUGCGCCGGCGACGUCACACCUUCUACCGCCAGCCCUCCUGCACCUUCUCCUACUACGGCCGGAUCGGGUCGCACCGGUACCGGUACCGUAGGGCCAACGCGGCUUUGCUCAUCAAACCGUCUCGCAGCAUGAACGACAUUUACGAGAUGCAGAAGCGGCAGCGCAGGAAACAGAGGCAUCGUAACAGGCACCAGAGCGGAAACACCAACUCCAGCGGAGACACGGAGAGCGAGGAGGGCGAGACGGAGACCACCGUCCGCCUGCUUUGGCUCUCCAUGAUGAAGAUGCCCAAAGAACUGCUGAGACUUUGCGUGUGUCACCUGCUGACCUGGUUCUCCAUCAUCGCCGAGGCUGUCUUUUACACCGACUUCAUGGGUCAAGUCAUCUACGAGGGAGACCCCACGGCUCCUGAUAACUCUACUGAUCUACAGAACUACCACAAGGGAGUACAGAUGGGCUGCUGGGGACUGGUUAUCUACGCUGCUACAGCCGCUGUCUGCUCUGCUGUGCUCCAGAAGUAUUUGGACAACUUCGACCUCAGCAUCAAGGUCAUCUACAUCCUUGGCACGCUGGGUUUUUCCAUCGGUACUGCUGUUAUGGCCAUCUUCCCCAACGUCUACGUUUCCAUGGUGAUGAUAAGCAGCAUGGGCAUCAUCUCUAUGAGUAUAUCCUACUGUCCCUAUGCACUGUUGGGCCAGUACCACGAAAUCAAAGAGUACAUCCAUCAUAGCCCAGGCAGCUCUAAGCGAGGCUUUGGCAUCGACUGUGCCAUCCUGUCAUGCCAGGUCUAUAUCUCUCAGAUCCUGGUGGCAUCGGCGCUUGGCGCGGUGAUGGAGGCGGUGGGUACGGUGCGGGUCAUCCCCAUGGUGGCGUCGGGCAGUUCCUUCCUGGGUUUUCUCACCGCCUGCUUCCUGGUCAUCUACCCUACUUCACACGCUGAGGCGGAAACGUCGAAGAGCGAGCAGACCAAGGCGCUGACCGCGGCCGAGGGAGGGGUUACGGAGAAGCCAAGCUUUCUGAAGCUCACACGCAAAGGCACCACAACCACCACCUGCAAAGUUGAGUGCGAGUCCACACUGUGAACCGCCUGUCGCUUGUAUACGGUGUCCAUAGCAACAGCAGAGCGCCAACAUUCCAUCUUGCCGAU